ACAAUAUGGAAUUUGGGGUAGAAACUGGGGCAAGCAAGAAGAAUUUAUGACUCGAAUGUGAACAGUCAUUUGGACUAUUCCUCUGCACACCUCAGUCCUAGAUCGCCUUUUCUUCUCCGGCGUGCAUUCUACCAUUCGAAUACUUCCUCAUCGCGAAGAAUUGACAAUUGGACAUCCUCCGAACUUCUUAUUCCCCAAUUGCACCGAGCGGAUACGUAACAUGUCUUUCUUCAUUGAAAACAAGUCGGUUGGUGACAGCGAAAAUGCGGAGGACUGGCGAAUUCGCGGCUACAACCCUCUCACGCCUCCCAACCUCCUACAACACGAAAUCUCACAAACGCCCAAGUCCAAGGCAACGGUCUUAGCGGGACGAAAUGAAGCGGUCAGCAUUGUGAAGGGUCAAGACCCCCAGGAUCGUCUGAUAGUUGUUAUCGGUCCAUGCUCGAUUCAUGACCCGGAGGCAGCACUCGACUACUGCCGACGGCUACUUAAGUUGAAAGAGAAAUACCAAGACGAUCUUUUGAUCGUCAUGCGGUCGUACUUGGAGAAGCCGCGCACCACAGUCGGUUGGAAAGGCUUGAUCAAUGAUCCGGACAUCGACAAUACGUUCAACAUCAACAAGGGAUUGCGGACUUCUCGACAGCUCUUCGUGAAUUUGACGGAUAUGGGCAUGCCUAUCGCAAGCGAGAUGCUAGACACGAUCUCCCCUCAGUUCCUAGCAGACUUGCUAAGCGUCGGAGCAAUUGGGGCACGGACGACUGAAAGUCAAUUGCAUCGCGAGCUUGCGUCUGGACUGUCUUUCCCAGUCGGCUUCAAGAACGGAACGGACGGUGGCCUUGACGUAGCUCUUGAUGCCAUCGGUGCAGCCAAACAUCCUCAUCAUUUUCUCUCCGUGACGAAGCCGGGUGUCGUUGCCAUCGUCGGCACGGUUGGAAAUGAGGAUUGCUUCGUCAUUCUCCGAGGGGGGAAGCGUGGCACCAAUUAUGAUGCACAAAGUAUUGCGGACACUAAGGCUCAAUUGGAGAAAUCUGGCCUGAGGACCAGGCUGAUGAUCGAUUGCUCACACGGCAAUUCGGAAAAGAACCACCGCAAUCAGCCGAAGGUGGCACAUUCAAUAGCUCAGCAGAUUGCUAGCGGUGAGGAUUGUAUCAUGGGAGUCAUGAUCGAGAGUAAUAUCAACGAAGGAAAUCAAAAGGUUCCAAAAGAGGGCAAGAGUGGCCUCAAGUAUGGAGUAUCGAUCACAGACGCCUGCAUUAGCUGGGAAGACACCGAGAAAGUCUUAGAGGAGCUGGCCACGGCGAUCAAGCGGAGAAGGGACCUGAAGGCGUCCAAAGCCAACGGCCAAUCUUAACUCCUACCAUUAUGCUGAGACGAGGCGAUGAGACGAGGCGAAAAGUUGCUGUCGUUUAUGGAGUCUGGAACGGAAAAUUAGAGUGUGUCCGCAGAUACCCGGAAUAUGAGUCGUUGCAUUCACUCUCAAGCUAUAUAUUUUUGCAUGAGAGCCGUCCCCGAGCGUCGCUAUUAAUCCCGCAUCCCACUAUGCCAUCUCUGGGUAUACUAUAUAGCCCAAUGGCAUCGUGAGCUACGAUGCCUUGCAACCGUCCUUUAGAGAGCCGACUUUACACGCAUUGGGAAUCCGAAAGGCCUGUAAUACAUGUUUGACGGGGAUAAUACAAAAUGCCCUGCAUUGGCAGUUGAUACCACUAGGCUAUGUU